AUGACUCACACAGAUGGCAAGUUGAAGCCUCUCAAGGCAGCGAAGAAGGAGGCAAAGGUGCUCGACGACGAGGACAAGGCCCGCAUCGCUAAGCAGCGCGAGGUUGAAAGAGAGCUCAAGGACGCGAAGAACCAGGUGGCCAAGAAGAAGGGACCGCUGAAGCUCAGCAGCCAGGGCCUGAAGAAGAGUGGAAAGAAAUAG